AUGGCUGGCUCAACGCCCAUAUCAUUCCCAGCUAACAGCAAUCCUAUCUCACCCAUCGAACGCACAAACACAUUCCCACACAAAACGAGUGCCGCGGUUGUCACUCAGACGCCGCUCAUAGACAUGAACACACCGGCUAUUAAUGCUGCGCCGGUAGAGCUUGACAGUGUGUCAGUGGGUGAAGAGAGAAGAGAGACAGGAGGCACGACCAGGGGCAUAGUGAUUGGGGGGAGUACAGGUGUGGCCAGUCUGUCAGAUGAGGAAGGUGUAAAUGGCGAGGUUUUGGGUAGAGGGUUUGAUGGAAGUGAGCAACGAGUUGCUAUGUUAGCGAGCCGGUCAAAGGACCCGAGUGUCAUCGUCGAUGUUCCACAAGAGCCAACGGCGGAAGAGGUGUCGGCUGCCAAGAGCGCGGAAGGGAUGGUUACACCAGGUCAAGGCUUAGCUCAAGGGUGA